UCGUGUAAGUUUUUCUUUAGUGUUUAGUCACAAAAUGUAAUAUUGUAAUUAUAAAAAAUAAUAUGAUCUGGUGGUUUUUAUUUAUUCUUCAAAGCAUAUCGGCCAUACCGAUAUGUACAAAUCAUCAAAAUUCAAAAGACAUCGUAAUUCUUGGUGCUCUUUUACCAUUAAAUUCCGGAGAGGAUUGUUUAGAAAUAAAAUUAAGAGGCAUUCAACAACUUGCAGCAUUAGAAAAUGGACUUAAUGCGGUAAACGCUGAACUAAGCAAUAGCGGGGAAGUGAAAAUCAACUUACAGAUACUAGAUACAUGUUCAAAUACUAAUAAAGCAGUAAAAGCUACAAUGAAAGGAUUAGUUUCAGCUGAACAAACCUGUCUAAAACCACCAUUGUUCUUAGGUUAUAUAGGUCCAGACGAUAUAGAAGAGCUAGUCAAUGUCCAAAGGAUUACAUCUUUACUGAAUAAAACUCAUGUUUUACCAUACAAAAUCGAUUUUAAGGAUAAAUCUUCAAACAUAUUCUUCGUAGGAAUGGAUCAAACAUCUAAAAGAGCUAAUGCUAUUUAUACAAUGUUGAGAAAUUUAGGCUGGGAAAAUUAUGUAGCAAUUAUUGAAGAUUCUCCUAAAGUUUCAAGCGUUUUAGAUGCAGUAGUAAAUUCAUCAAAUGGUCGAAUUUGUCCCGUUGAUAAACCUUUUAUUUUGCCUAAAACUAUUAAUGGAUAUGCUUCUGUUUAUAGACAAAUGAUAGAAAGUCAAAAACGAUCUUCUGCUGACGGUGCGCUUGUGAUCAUUGACAAACCGGAAACUCUUCGGCCAUUGUUGAACAUUCUCUCCAACAGCGACAAUAACCAACGGCCUCCAUUUGUUGUGUUUUUAAUGACAGUAGGUUUAAAACUAUGGGAAAUUCCUAAUACAGAUACAGUCAGCAUAAUAUUCAUGCAAGAGUCAACGGAAUUCAAAUCUAAAAAUGAGUUCAAACAAUUUUUUAACGAGUCUCUGAUUUUCAACUACAGAGAGCAAAAUCAUAAAGGUUUGGCAAAUAAUUGUAGUUCAGCAGAUCCUGUUUGUUUAGAUCUCAUGGAGGACGAAUUGGACUCAUCGGUUAUACCAUUGGCUUAUUCGGUACAUUUAUUUGCCAAUGCCUUGAAAAUUGCAAUUGACCAAAAAUGUAAUCAUGAGUCAAACUCUAGGAGUAUCUGUCCCAGUAUGAAAUCAAUUCAAGCUACUGAAUGGAUGUCAUAUUUAAGAUCAGCUACAACAAUUUUAAAUGAUGUAGAUGGGCCAAAAAGAAUUAGAUUUCAAAUGGAAAUCUUACAUUACGUUAGCAUUUAUAUGGCAAAUGUGAUUACGAAGCAAGUUGAUUUGGUUGCAAAACUAACUAAUGGCGAUAGACUUAAUUUCAUAAAAAAUGUUUACUUACCGGUAUCUACAAAGUUAACUACUGGAUUUGCUGGAAAUUCUCCAUCGUGUUUGUUAUACAAAUCAAAGUUAUCUCAAUUCACAACAUUAGCCUCGACUGCAGAUAUAACAGUUUCAGAAAAGGAAUCCGAUGAUUGGUCACCAAUAUGGAAUUUCUUACCUAACGGAAACAAAAAUCCAAAUCAAAAAAAUGAUUCUUAUCACGUCUUUGUGGUAUUAAUAUGUAUAGGAGUUGGUUUCGGGUUAUUUAUGAUUAUAACAAUAAGAAUGCUCUAUAAAAUGUUCAAAUUUCAAACAAGUGAUACAAAUCAAUCAAAGAAAAAAAGAAAAUCAGAAAAAAAGAAGGCUAAAAGAUCUAGUUCUGUUUCAAGUAGAAAAUUUAGUAGAACAGGUUCAGUUAUUAGCAUACGUUCAACUUGAUGGUUUUUUAACUCUCGGUUAUAUUUGUUGAGAAAAUGUAUGUUUUUAAAUUCAUAAAUUGUUUAACAUAAUUUUACAAAAGUCCAAACAAGACAAUAGCAAAUAUAUGUUUAACAUAUUGAAGUACAAUCUAAAUUUAUAAUAAUCUACAAUAAACCUUAACAAUGCAAAAUUACAAUAAUACUUUUUAAUUUAUUAGUUGAAUAAGACGAUUUAAGAUGGUGAAGUUAAACUUCUGUGGUAUUUAUUCACUUCUGAGAAUAAAUAUCAAAUCUAAAAUUUGCAUGAGAACUACUUCUAUAUCUAGACUAACACCAUAAUUUUUUUCAAUGGUCUUUUUAUCUUUUAUAGGGCAAAUUUUUAGUUUCCUUGAUAAUUAUUGUAAAAAAUUUGUAAUCAAAACUGUUACAAAUAAAAUGGAUUUCUUAUAAGCAAUCACUGGCGUACUUAGGGGGGUUUGGGGGCUGAACCCCCCCUAAAAUUUAUAAGCUAAGCGAUAAUUUUGGACGAUAAACAAUAAAUAAUAACAAUAAAAAAGAUCAUAUCAUUCUAUAAAUAUUUCCACAAUAAAUUAAUUAAAAACAGGAAUUUUUGUGAUUGAAUAAUAUGGGCAGUAUCACAUCAAAUUUUCUUUAAAUUUCAAAAACCUCCCCAUUUUAAUUACUGUGUACGCCAUUGUGAGCAAUAGGUAUUAAGCAGUACUUCAAGAAUAUUUAAAAGAGAAAUUUUAACAAUUUUCCAUAUCAUAAUAAUACCUAAAUUUUUAAUGAUCAAAAAUUACAUUUAAACACACUAUGUAAGAAUUUCUAACAACAACUUAAAUUAACAUACUCCCACGUGUGUUUAUACUAGAGAAUAUCAUUGUGUAUCACAUGAGACUUUUAUGCUAGAUAAGAUGUGUGAUUAAUUUUGUGAAAUACUGAAUUCGUCAACUUUUCCUAGUUGUCAUCUAACCCAUUUCAUAUACCAUUUUAAGAGUUUUAAUAUUUUGAUAGGAUGCAAAAGACUUUACACUUUUUUUUCUUUUAACUACGUACUUCAUAAAUAUUAAUAAACCAACAUUCAGUUUCUGAAUGUGCUAUAGACCAAUUUUCAUAAUUGAGAUUGAUUUGAGCAAAACUAACCAUUCAGGUUAUUCAUCGAAAAAAAUAUAGCGAAUUAUAUAUUAAUGUAUUUAUUAUUCGAUUUCUUAAUAAGCAUGAAACUUAUAAAAUUAAUAAUUUAAAAAAAUGUGUUUAAUAGUUAAUAAGUUUAUUAACCAUUAAAAAUAAUUAAUAAGUUGUUAUAAGGUAUUAAAUAUUA